AUGACAGAAGAUAACUACGCUGUCUUCCGCGAGUGUCUAUCCAAUGCCAUUGUUUCCCGCUCUGAAAAGCCAAAAGCCAAGCGAAGGAAAGGCAAACGCAAUGAGCGCAAAGAUAUAGCAGACCCAGCUCCGGAGCGCGCAGACCCCGAAGAGCUGGCCGAAUUUGUCGAUUUCCUCGCCACAGAAACAUUCACCACCUUCCCGGAACCCCUCCAAACGCUAAGCUACGCCUCAAUCCAACACAACCCAGCCCUCUCAACGCUCUACAUUCCACCAGACCCAGACACACCCCUUCCACCCCAAACCCUCGAAACCCUAUGCUCCCCCAUCCCCGUCAGUGUCUCCGACACGCUCACAGUGUACGGCAUAAUCCCCGACUCGGCGGACCUGCGCGACUUCCUGGGCCCCGUACUCGCGGAGUACGCGACGAGCGUGACGACCGGCCCACCUGUGUGGGCGAGCACGCGCGCUGAAGCGUGCGAGAUCUGCGAGCGUGAUUGGAUCCCGCUUUCGUAUCACCAUCUUAUUCCGCGGGGCGUUCAUGCGAAGGUUCUUAAGCGGGGGUGGCAUGAUGAGUGGACUUUGAAUAGUGUUGCUUGGCUUUGUCGGGCUUGUCAUAGUUUUGUGCAUCGCAUGGCGAGUAAUGAGGAGCUGGCUAGGGAGUGGUUUACCAUUGAGAGAAUUUGUGAGAGGGAGGAUGUGGAGGAUUGGGCGAGGUGGGUUGGGAGGGUUAGGUGGAAGGCUAAGUAG